AACAAUGUCUCAUUCAUUAAAAUUUUUCUUCUUUCUCCUCUCCACCAUCACCACAAUCCCCUUAUCCCACCAGCAACACCCACUUGACUCACUAACCCCAAACGAGUUCAUCCGAGUCAAAGCCAUUGUUAACCAAUCACACCCUUUCUCUAGCAACAACUUAACCUUCCAAUACAUAGGCUUAAACGAACCAGAUAAACAAGCUCUCAUUUCAUGGCUUGAGAAAAUAAGCAGCCUCCCCACUCCACAACCACCGCCACUGCCGCCGCCACCUCGUGAGGCAUUCGUCAUGGCACGUAUAAACCACAAAACGCACGAACUCGUCAUCGAUUUAUCGCUCGACCGAGUCGUUUCCGACCGAGUUUACGAUGGAAACGGAUACCCUUCACUCACUUUCGAAGAACAGAACAAUGCGAACCGGUUGGUGUUCGAGUACGCACCGUUCUUGGCUUCGAUAGCCAAGAGAGGGCUCAAGGUCGAAGAGGUGGUCUGUGGGAGUUUCACGAUAGGAUGGUUCGGGGAGACGAAGAGAAAAGGAAGGAUAGUUAGGGUUAUGUGUUAUUAUUUAGAUGGGACUGUGAAUUUGUACAUGAGGCCAAUUGAGGCCAUUACUGUCACAAUUGAUCUCGAAGCGUUGAAGGUCGUGCAUUUUAAGGAUCGGUUGAUGGUGCCUGUGCCGAAGGGUGACGGGACCGAUUAUCGAGAAUCGUCGCAAAAGCCGCCUUUCGGACCGGAGUUGAAGGGGAUCACGGUUGUGCAACCGGACGGUCCUAGCUUCACCAUUGAUGGAGGCAGAGUUAGGUGGGCCAAUUGGGAUUUUCACUUAAGUUUCGAUGCUCGUGUUGGUCCUAUCGUAUCCUUGGCAGCCGUAUACGACACCGAGAAGCAGCAAUUUCGUAGGGUGAUGUAUCGGGGAUUUGUAUCGGAACUCUUUGUGCCGUACAUAGAUUUAACCGAAGAAUGGUCCUACAGAACGUUCUUUGACGCCGGAGAAUAUGGAUACGGUCAAUGUGCGGUGCCGCUGCAGCCUCUGAGGGACUGCCCGGCGAACGCAGUUUUCAUGGGUGCAUUUGUUGCUGGCCGCGAUGGGAUGCCCAUUGAGAUUCCUAAUGUUUUCUGCAUCUUCGAACGCAAUGCCGGUAAUGUCAUGUGGCGACACACCGAGACCAUGAUUCCGGCGGGUUUGGUUACCGAGGUCAGGCCUGAUGUUAGCCUGGUGGUAAGGAUGGUGUCAACUGUGGGCAAUUAUGACUACAUAAAUGACUGGGAAUUCAAGCAGACUGGUUCCAUUAAAGUCACGGUUGGGCUAUCUGGGUUACUAGAAGUAAGGGGCACAAAGUACACCCACAAAGACCAAAUACAUGAGGAAGUUUAUGGCACACUAUUGGCUGAAAACACAUUAGGUGCACAUCAUGACCAUUUCCUCACCUAUUACCUCGACCUUGAUGUGGAUGGUGAGUCCAACUCGUUUGUCAAGUCCAAAUUGCAAACUGUGAGAGUAAAUGACCAGAGCUCACCUAGAAAGAGUUAUUGGAAGGUUGUUAGUGAAACGGCUAAGACCGAGUCGGACGCCAAACUUAAACUCGGGUCUGAGUCCGCAGAUCUCUUGGUUGUGAACCCUAACAAGAUGACUAAAAUGGGUAACUUUGUCGGCUACCGUUUGAUCCCGGGAUCAAUCACGGGUCCGCUUUUGACUGACGACGAUUAUCCGCAGAUUCGGGGAGCCUUUACCAAGUACAAUGUGUGGGUUACGCCGUAUAACAAGUCGGAGAAGUGGGCAGGGGGAACGUAUGUUGAUCAAAGCAGGGGAGAAGACACUUUGGCUACAUGGACCAACAGGAAUAGAAGAAUAGAGAACAAGGACAUUGUAUUAUGGUACACAUUAGGUAUUCAUCAUGUACCAUACCAAGAAGAUUUCCCUUUAAUGCCGACAAUAAGCACCGGAUUCGAGCUCCGUCCGGCCAACUUUUUCGAGAAAAAUCCGGUGCUUAAAGUGAAAGCAACCAAUACUAAUGUUAGGUGGCCUAAUUGCACCCUAUGAAGUCUGGGACGCAAGCUGUGAAUCAGCUUAAGAACGCCAACGAUCAGAAACAAUGAAUUUGUUUGGUCAAUCUCUCUUAGGUUUUAAAGAAAGAAUCCCGAUUUUCUGC